AUCUUCCCAGCGCUCGCGUUCGGCUCGAUUGCGGCAGACUACAGCUACACCCGGCAGUGGAAAAAGACUCGCCUGGAGCAGAUUCAGCAGCAGCAGCAGGCCCAACAACAGCUCGCCUAAAGCAGCACUCAAUCUCAACCAACCAACGCACACGCCAAUCAACGCGAUGUUCGGGCUGAACCGUCAGUAUCUGUGGAGUGUGGUGCCGCUGUUCGGGUUCGGCGUCGGCUGGUUCCUCGACCGGAAGGAAACGGAACGCAUGACCAUGUUCCGCGACAAGAGUGCCCUGUACGGCCGCACGCUGAAGGAGGGCGAGAAGCCAUCGUGGCCUUAGGCGGGCAGCCGGAGAGCGAAAGAGAGCGAUUGAAGUACCCCCCUUCUAGAGAGCGAAAUACAUUGAUGUUGUGAACUCGGA